AUGACUUUUCUGUCGCAGCUCAACUUGCAGGUGACAGCGCCUGAAGAAGGAGCUGACUGGCGCAAGCUGCCUGAAGUCCCUUUGUCACCCACCGCGCCGCCUCUCAUCGUGGCUGGCCUACCAUUGUCCAGAGCUGCUGAAGCAGUGAAACAGCUGCAGGAGGCUGGGCAUACCCUCCUCUAUGCCGGCGCGGCUGAGGGUGAGGUGAAGGCCGUCAUGGCUGCGAGCAUUCCCAGUGCCUUUGGGCUGAGUGGGUGUGAGGCAGUGCAGUCAGCUGCAGAUGUGGUUCUUCUAAGCGACUUUCUGGGCAGCCUUGCUUUUGCUAAGUGGCGCUGCAGUUUGGCAGUGACGUCGCCAGAGAAAUAUGUCCUGUUCAGCUUGUGCCCACGCUGCAGCCCCCUAGUGUGA